AUGCAUGCUUCAUCCCUCUACCCCCUUGCUCUUGCAUUCCUUUCAUUACUUUCACUCUCAGCUGCAACCAUUCUCACCAUCAGCAUUCCAGCUUCCAACCUCCUUCCGAAUCCCAACACGCUCCCGCCUUCGACCCACGCGACUCUAACUACUCUCACUCCCAAACGAGCUCUAUUAAAAGCGCCGUUAACACGCUCUUCAACCUUCAUUUUCCCCGAUCUUGGAUCCGGUUCAGAUUCCGCUUCAUCAUCGCGAAGCCCAACCUCAUAUCUGUUAGAUAUCCAUUCGCGAGACUAUGUAUUCGCACCUUACCGCGUCGAUGUUGGGGCCGAUGGGAACGUGAUUGGGGUGUGGGAGACUUUUCGCGGAAACCCAUGGGAUAACAAAGGGGUGGAGAAAGCGGUAGGAACGGGCUCAGGGCCAGUCCAUGUGGACGCCAAAGUGUUGGGAAAGCGGGAGUUCUACGAGCAAAGAGCAGGAUUCUCGCCGCUCAGCUUGUUCAAAAAUCCGAUGAUUCUCCUGGCUGUCUUCGCACUCGGGGUUACGGUUGGGAUGCCUUAUCUUCUUGAGAACACUUAUACCGUGGGCAUCCGAGAACUUGACAGCGCUGACCAUCCAAUCUUUCCUUACGUUUUAGUGGACCCCGAAACGCGUGAAGAAUUCGAGAAACAACGUGCUAAAGGCGUACUUCCCGGAAGCGGGUCGAAAAAGGCUGCUGGCCCCAGUUUUGAUCUUGCAGGGUGGAUGGCAGGAACAAGUCCUAGCCCAAUUGAGGUCGCUAGAGAAGCUAGCACCAGCGCGAGAGAGGGUGGAAGUGGCCAGCCUGCUCCAUCAUUCAACAACAUUUCUCUCUCUGCAUUAAAUUUACCUUGGAACCAUUCUGAAAAAUCACUUGUCUUCAUGUCGUUUGCGCCUCCUUCCGGUCCUCCGCCGCCCCCGGUGCCAGAGGGGUGGAGGGCACAGUAUAGUGACGCAUACAGGCAAUGGUAUUAUGUUGAUUUGAGCACUGGUGUUUCACAGUGGGAUCCGCCAACCAUGCCAACGGAGUCUGUUGCGCAACCUCCCGUGCGACCUCCUGCUGCUUCAUCUUCUCCUCCGCCAUCUUAUGAAGCGUCGGGCUCCGGAAAUACAGAAGCUGCCGCUACAGCUGCUAAAGCCGACCAGAAAAAGGGGCCAUUACCUGAACAGCCACAACUUGGCUCAAAUAAUCCAUAUCUUUCCGAAAACUCAAAUCGCUACCCUCAUGAGACGCCUGUGUCACCGGAGAAAAAGGAUGUUAAGAAAUCGCCAGACUCAGGCGACGACGAUGCUCGACUUGCCGCACAGCUACAAGAGGAAGAAAACGAGCGGGCCCGACAACAAGGCUACGAUUCCGUCCUUGAAGCGAAUAACACAGAACCAAGAACGUCACAUUCCACCAGAAUCCCCGAGCCUACACUUCCUUCUCCAUCUUCUUCAAACCAGCAGCAAAGUAAAGGGAAAAGCGGGUUUUUCGGAAAACUACUUGAUAAAGCCAAACGCCACGCAUCAUCAUCCGCUUCCUCAUCUACCUCUCGAUUGCAUGCUCCCCAUGCUCCUCAUGCGCCUCAUUCACCUCAUGCAUCGCACGCAGCCUACUAUUCCCCGUCGCCACAACCACAGUCACAAUACAUGUAUCCUCCCCAACAGCAACCGUUUGGUGGAUAUGCCGGCUACCCGCAGCAAGGUGCAGGUGGAUACUAUGGCGCUCCAUUCCCACCACAACAGGGCUACGUACCGCAUAACAGACUAGGCGGGCGUGGCGGAGGUGGAAUGGGAAUGGCUGGAGCCGCGGCGCUUGGAAUGGGUGGUGGAUUGCUGGGUGGAGCGCUUUUAGCAAAUGCAUUGGAUGAUGAUUAUGGUGACGGAUAUCAAGAUGGGUUUGGUGAUGGAGGUGAUUUUGGCGGUGGUGACUUUGGCGGGUUUGAUUGA